AUGAUGGGACCUGUGGAGGCUGCCUCAUCUCCCGUAUUUCCCUCCCUGGAUCCUAUUGUCGUCGAUGAUGAGAUGGAAAAUCCCUAUCAAGAUACCGAUUUAAGCUUUCUCGACUCUACGAGACUACAGAUGAACGAGGCCGCCGGCCAGGAUUUCGACGAUCUCUUUGCCCGUUCCCACUCCUCCCGCACGGUCACAGACUCGGAAUCUGUGUGUUUGUCGCCCUCAGAACUCUCCAUAAAGAGACACUUUCAGGAACACGAUGCGCUGAGGCAACCCAAGAUUGUUGCUUCAGACUCCCCUGCCGAAUCCCCGGAUAACUCGAGUCCCAGUUCUUCGUCCGAUUCUCCGCGGAAUCACGGUCGAAACACCUCCGUGGCCUCGACCACUUCCGUUACUCAUAGCGAUCACGCCAACAUAAUGCCAUUUGGCUACGCAACUGAAGAUUGGAUCAACUCGGAGCUCGGUUCAAUGAAGGAGGAGACAUCGAUGUUUGGCUUUGACCCUUCCUUGCCGGCCAUGGAGGGUGUCUUCCCCGUCGAAACCGACCUCGAAUCCAGCAACAAGGCGAUGGACGCCGCUUUCGAUUUUGAAAGCGCAGCCAGUAGCCCCAGUGCCCUGAAGACUGACUCGACCACUCAGCCAAAGAUCCAGAAGCGACUGAAGUCGCAAAUGCGGGGGACGUCUCAUUCCACCUCAAGGCAAUCAACUUCUCCGCAAUUUCGCCAUUCGGUCUCUCCUUUCACAGUGAGCAAAAUGCCCAGUCAAAGUAGGUCGUCGUCAAACCAAUGGGCGGGACAAUCACCGUCGUCGCUUUUGGAGGAAAGUUUUGGCGGCAUCAACAUGAACGGCGGAUCUCCACUGAACGGAAACUUCAACUUUGCGUCGAACGGGUUUCCUUUCGGCAUCAACUUUGCGCCGUCUCCCCCUCAGAACAAUAUGAAAGCGGAAGCGACUCAGCGUCAUGUCCUCACCGUUCAUCCCACUUCACUAAAAUCCCGCGUAGAAACACAAAUUCCCAUCCGAUUGACUCUCUAUCCAAUGCCCUCCGGCGUCAAGAAAUUACGACUGCCUACCCACACCAUCUCCAAGCCGAAAUUCCUUGCUCCUCCGUCUGCUGAUCGUUCGGCUGAUACCUUGCAACUGCAUACGAGUCUUGUCUGCACUAGCGCGAUGCAGGAUCAGACGAAAUUGAGAAAGGCAUUUGCACGAGCAAGGGGCGAGACGCGGUACCGCACCUCGAGCUCUAGCCCGAAUGCCACGGAAGAGUUGCCAGAAGAUGACAAGCCCUUGGACGGCGGGGAGGUGAAAAUCUGCUCUGGAUGCAUACAGCGUGAACGGAAGCGCGCCUUCAGAAAGAAGCAGAGAAAGCCGGAGGAGGACGAGUUGUUUCAAAAGGACGAGGAGAAGCGAGUGAUCGUCUUUAACACCAACGAGAUCAAAGAUUGGGCGGAGCCCUCCAAGCAUGCCAUGCCAGGCUGCACUGAUGCCCCUGCGCCAGUUAUUCCCGCUGGAGCAAUGCAAGUCGAGCUUCCAAUGCGAAUUGCAUGCUACUGCAGGCACCAGAACGAGAAGCUCGGUUUCCAGGUCAUUUUCACAGUCAAAGACCAUAUGGAUAAUGUCAUUGCCCAGGCAAUCACAAACUCCAUAAUGAUCACGGAUGAUCACAAGACGCACGCUCCCCGGCUCCUCCCGCCCCGGGCCCUUCUCCAUCUCUCCCCGAUGGGACACAAUUGCCCGGAUCGAAACCGCGAAGUCGUCAACCCAGUCCCAGCAGUCGGUCUUCAGCAACGGUUCAACUCGCAGUAUCAAAUGCCGGCAGGCUCCUUCGCCAACGGCCAGAAGAACGCCACUUCAAGCUCGCAAACGCCUCGCAGUCUUUCGCGACAGACUUCGCCGAAUGACUUCCCAGGACCCAUGACUAAGCGACGGAAACACAGCAAUUCCGGCCGCCUUCCGUCAGAAUUGACCAUGACCAAGCUUGAGAACGGACAGUCAUCUGCGGGAAACGACGCUCCUUUCAAUGCGGCGCGUGGUUUUGCGUCCCCGACGGAGAGGCCGUUUGUGACAUCGUCCGCCAUGUCGGGUCAGUUCGCCAACGGCCCACCAACCCCCAAUAGCGGAGACAACAAUCCUUUCUUCAAUCCCAGCGCGACCCAAACCAGCUUGGAUACAUUCAUUCAGCAGCAGUUGAUGUCGGCGCCAAACUCGGCUCAGCCUAGCCGCCCCGGAACGCCUGGUAACUCAGCUCGUCACGGUUUUCAAGAUCAGUCCCUCAACCUCUCAUUAGGCUCAAGCACCUCCACUCCCGCUUGGCCUCCUCUCACAAAUGCUGGUAACCGGUUGCCUUCUGUCAUUCACAAGGUUGUCCCAGCAGAAGGCUCCAUCACUGGAGGCACAGAAGUGACGCUGUUAGGAAGUGGCUUCUACCCUGGUAUGGAGGUUGUCUUUGGUGAUACCCUGGCCACAACGACGACGUUCUGGGGCGAUAAGUGCCUGAAUUGCUUAACUCCGCCAGCCCUCCAGCCUGGCAUGGUGGCUGUCGUGUUCAAGCAUGAGCAUCCGACAUUCGGUCAAAUGCAGCCGGCUCAACCUCUGAUGCCCAAGCAGCAGCAAUUCUUCCGGUACGUUGACGACAGAGAGCUCCAGAUGUAUCGCCUUGCACUUGGCAUUCUGGGACAGAAGCUCGGCAACCAGGCAGAUGCGUUCCAGACUGCUCAACAGAUCAUGGGUAGCGACCCCAAGGCUGUUUUCAACCUUCAGAAAGACUUCUCCGCCGGUUCUGGCGGCCAUCAGCGACAGGUCCCUGGCCUAGAGUCUCAGGGCAAACUCGGCGAUCUGGACUCGAAGAUGUUGACGUAUCUCGAAUUCAUCGACCUUGACGACAACCCGCGGCCGCCGAAGUAUAACUCGCGCUGCGCGACCGGGCAAACUCUGCUUCAUUUUGCCUCGUCCUUAGGCCUGACUCGUUUCGUUGCCGGACUGCUCGCCCGAGGAGCGAACCCGGAGGUGAAGGACAGUACCGGAAACACGCCCAUGCACCUGGCCGCCUUGCAUGGUCAUGCGCAUAUUGUCAACCGGCUGCGUUUGGCUGGCGCGGACGUCAACGCUCGCAGCAUCAGGGGAUUCACUCCGGCCGACCUGGCCACAACUCUUCCAGCCCACCAGGCUGCACUGAUUCCUGCUCGGCACAACCGCUCCCGUAGCGUUGGAUCGGUAACCUCGUUGCGACGCAGGCAUAGCAGUUCUGCUUCCCUUCACUCUCUCUGGGAAUCGUCGUCUGUAUCAGGAUCGCUUGAUCCGGCAACCUACGAAUCCGAUGAUGAUGGGGAUGAUUCAGAUGACCAAUUGGACUUUACUAUAUCUCGACGUUCGAGCCUUCACCAAGAUGUGCCCGGUCCGCUACCAUCGUCUGAGCAAACAGCGGUCCAAGAGGCGCGCCCAUUCUCCCCUCCGGCAGCUCUGGUGGCCUGGCGGAACCAGCUUCAGGCUCAAAUAAAUCAAUUCCAGCAGAGCGUCGCGAAUGCCUUCCCGAAUCUUCCUGCUCUGCCGCCAAUGCCUGCUUUGCCCGAUUAUCAGGCUCAUCCGAUGAUGCGCCGUAUUACAAAUCUUGUUCCUCAUCGGCCAACCACAUCCUGGUCUUCGAAGGACGGCUGGUGGGACCUCUUGACGGGCAAUUCCGCGCCCAGUACGACUGAGCCGCCUUCUUACGAGGAGCUGUACCCAGGCCAAAAUCGCCAGGACGAGGAAGAGGCAUCGCAAGUGAAGAAGGCAACAUUGCUAAGAGCGGCAGCCGAAGCGGUCGUGGAUCAGCAUUUCGAGUCACAGGCCAGCACUUCGAUAACAGAAUCUAGCAAACAGGAUAACGAUGACAUCAAAGACAUCCGAAUCGGCUCCAAAUUGAUUUCCCGCGAGCAACAGAAGCAUCUUAGAGAGCAGCAAGCUCGCAGGAUGAAGGGUUUGGGUAGCGAUCGAAAUCUCUACUUCAUUUGGCUUCCUCUUCUGCUCCUGGUUAUCUGCGCAUGGAUGCGAAGUUACGUUCCAGGCAUCUGGCAAGGUGCGUCAGAUGUCUAUGGAUUUGUGAAGACGCGCUAUAUGCGGGGCGCGCUGGACGUUGGCUCUUAG